AUGGGCACCUCCGUGGGACCCCAGGACACAGAGGCUCAGCCCUGCAAACCUGCAGCCCACCUCACGGCUGCUGAGAGGCUGUGGGGAAAUGGGUCCCGGCUGGUGACUGAGUUCGUGCUGGUGGGAUUCUCCCACCUGCCCCACCUGAGGAUCACCCUCUUCACGCUCUUCUUCCUCACCUACCUGGUCACCCUCAGUGGCAACGCCACCAUCAUCACCGUCAUCCAGGCGGACCGGACCCUGCACACGCCCAUGUACCGCUUUCUGGCGUUGCUGUCUCUCUCGGAGACCUGCUACACGCUAGUCACUAUCCCCAAUAUGCUGGCCCACCUGCUGACGGAGCGCCACGCCAUCUCCGUGCCGGCGUGUCGGGCCCAGAUGUUCUUCUUUUUGGGCUUGGGAUGCAGCCACUGCUUCCUCCUCACCCUCAUGGGCUAUGACCGUUACGUGGCCAUCUGCUGUCCCCUGAGGUACUCGGUGGUCAUGAGACCCACCGUCUGCCUCUGCCUGGGGGCCGUGGUUUUCUGCUCCGGGUUCUCGGUGGCCAUGAUCGAGACCUGCAUGAUCUUCUCCUCCCCCUUCUGCCGCGGAUCCCGCGUGGAACACUUCUUCUGUGACAUCGCCCCCGUGCUCAGACUCAGCUGCACGCAGAGCACAGGCCGGGCCCUGGGCAUCUUCUUCCUGAGCGUCCUCGUGGUGCUGGCCUCCUUCCUGCUCAUCCUGCUGUCCUACGCCUUCAUCGUGGCCACCAUCCUGAGGAUGCCCUCGGCCACCAGCCGCCACAAGGCCUUCUCCACCUGCGCGGCCCACCUCACCGUGGUCCUGGUGCACUUCGGCUGUGCCGGGGUCAUCUACCUGCGACCGGAUUCUGGGGCCCAUCCCGAGCGGGACCGCCUGGUGGCCGUGUUCUACACCGUGGUGACUCCGCUGCUGAACCCCGUGGUGUACACCCUGCGCAACAGGGAAGUGAGGGUGGCCCUCAGGAGGACGCUGGCCCGUGGCUGCGGGGCUGAGCAGAGAGGACCCGCUGACCGUCAUUCUUAG